GUGGAGUCUCUCUGCCCUGUCUGGAACUCGGCUCGGAGAGCAGACCGGAGCAGCUCCCGUGGCCGGAUACCACUGUCCCUCUCCCCCGCCCAUGCUUAGGAGUCUUCAGCCUGAUAUGGGACAACCGGGGAGGGGCUGGAAGUGUGGCCAGAGUUGCUGCAGACAGUGGUUCCUCCAGUGCGAGCUCCUUGCCCGGUCUUCCUGUGUGUGAAGCGCCAGGGGAGAGCCCACGACCAGGUGUGCGCCCGGGCCCGGGCCCGUGUUCAGCACCGCUGCGUGGACAGCGGCAGCUCUGCGCAGCCGGCUGGGUGGCGGCAGGGGGCGGGGACGCGAUGAGGCCACCAGGUCCGCCCAGUGCACAUGUCAAGCGCAGACCCUCCUGCAAGAGGCUGGGGACACUCGGCCGCCUGUCGCCCACUCUCGCCAUGACUGCGCGGCAGCCGCAGGAGCCCGCGAUGCCUCCAGCCCGGCCCAAGCUCGCCUGCAUCUUUCGCUGCGUGGGGGACGCCUUCGAGAACAAGACGCUGCCGCUGGACGCGCUGGGCAGCCGCCCGGGCCCUCAGAGUGACCGUCUUCUGAUCAAAGGUGGAAAGAUAGUGAAUGACGACCAGUCCUUUUAUGCUGAUGUGUACAUGGAAGAUGGUUUGAUAAAACAAAUUGGAGAAAACCUCGUCGUCCCUGGGGGCAUCAAGACCAUCGAUGCCCAUGGCCUGAUGGUCCUGCCAGGUGGGGUUGACGUCCACACCAGGCUGCAGAUGCCCGUCCUGGGCAUGACCCCGGCUGACGACUUCUGUCAGGGCACCAAGGCUGCACUAGCUGGAGGAACCACCAUGAUACUGGACCAUGUGUUCCCCGAUGUGGGCGGAAGCUUGGUGGUGGCUUAUGAACAGUGGCGGGAGCGUGCAGACAGCGCGGCCUGCUGUGACUACUCCCUGCACGUGGACAUCCCCCGCUGGCACGAGAGCAUCAAGGAGGAGCUGGAGGCCUUGGUCAGGGACAAGGGUGUGAACUCCUUCCUGGUCUUCAUGGCAUACAAGGACAGGUGCCAGUGCACCGAUGGCCAGAUGUAUGAGAUCUUCAGCAUCAUCCGGGACCUGGGGGCCGUGGCCCAGGUGCACGCGGAGAACGGGGACAUCGUGGAAGAGGAGCAGAAACGGUUGCUGGAACUUGGCAUAACUGGCCCUGAGGGCCAUGUGCUCAGCCACCCUGAGGAGGUGGAGGCCGAGGCCGUGUUCCGAGCCAUCACCAUAGCCAAGCAGGCCAACUGCCCACUGUAUGUCACCAAGGUCAUGAGCAGGGGCGCAGCCGACACAAUCGCCCAGGCCAAGCGCAAAGGGAUUGUCGUGUUUGGAGAGCCCCUCACUGCCAGCCUGGGCACAGAUGGCUCACACUACUGGAGCAAGAACUGGGCAAAGGCCGCAGCCUUCGUCACAUCACCACCCAUCAACCCCGACCCCAGCACAGCAGACCACCUCGCCUGUCUGCUCUCCAGUGGGGACCUCCAGGUGACGGGCAGUGCCCACUGCACCUUCACCACUGCCCAGAAGGCCGUUGGCAAAGACAACUUCACGCUGAUCCCUGAGGGCACUAACGGUGUGGAGGAACGCAUGUCUGUGGUCUGGGAGAAAUGCGUGGCCUCAGGGAAGAUGGACGAGAAUGAGUUCGUGGCAGUGACUAGUACAAAUGCUGCCAAAAUCUUCAAUUUUUACCCAAGGAAGGGGCGAGUGGCUGUGGGCUCUGACGCCGACCUUGUCAUAUGGAACCCCAAGGCCAUGAGGAUCAUCUCUGCCAAGAGCCACAGUCUGAAUGUGGAGUACAACAUCUUCGAAGGGGUGGAGUGCCGAGGAGCGCCCGUGGUGGUCAUCAGUCAGGGCCGAGUGGUGCUGGAGAAUGGGACCAUGUUUGUCACCCCUGGCACUGGCCGUUUCAUUCCCCGGAAGACCUUCCCAGACUUUGUCUACAAGAGGAUAAAGGCUCGCAACAGGCUGGCGGAGAUCCAUGGUGUGCCCCGAGGUCUCUACGACGGGCCAGUCCAUGAGGUGAUGGUGCCUGCCAAGCCAGGGAGUGGCUCCCAGGCCCGAGCGUCCUGCCCAGGCAAGGUCUCGGUCCCCGCCGUGCGUAACCUGCACCAGUCUGGGUUCAGCCUGUCUGGGUCGCAGGCAGAUGACCACAUUGCCAGGCGCACAGCCCAGAAGAUCAUGGCACCUCCCGGCGGGCACUCCAACAUCACCUCCCUCUCCUAGACGAACUCUAGCAGGGGCAGUGCCGCAGGCGGGCAGCAGGCUGC